AUGGCCGCGCUGCGCUUCGGGGAGCCGCCGCCCGCCUUCGCCGCAGUGUCUCUCCCUCCGGGCGCAGAGCGGGGCUGCCCGCCGCUGGCGCCGGCCGCCCGGGCCGCGGAGCCGCCGGAGGGGGCGGCGGCCGCCUCGCAGCGGCGGAAGCGGACGAGCUUCACGGCGGCGCAGCUGGAGACGCUGGAGCAGGUCUUCCAGGGCACCCGGUACCCCGACAUCCACCUGCGCGAGCGCCUGGCCGACGCCACCCGCAUCCCCGAGUCCCGCAUCCAGGUCUGGUUCCAGAACCGCCGCGCCAAGUCCCGCCGCCAGCGCGGCCCGGCCCGCCCCGGCCCGGCCCCGCCGCCCCCGCCGCCGCCCCGCUGCGCGCUGCCCUUCCGCCGGGCGCAGGACGGCUCCGGCCGCUGCGAGUGGCCGCCGCUGCCGCCCGCCGCCUUCGGGGCGCCCCCGCCGCCGCCGCCUUCGGGGGGCCCCUGCCCGCCGCCCCGCGGCCCCUGCGGGCAGUACUCGCCCGCGUCGGACGCCGAGGACACGAGCGGCUACUGCGAGCCCGGCCCCGAGUGGGAGGAAAACGCGCUCGGCGCCUUCCGCGCCCUGUGAGCGGCCGCCGCGACCGGGCACCCGCCGCGCUACCUCACGCCUGCCGCGACUACUGCACUUUAGCCCGUAGUGACUGCUUUACCUAUUUAUUUAAUGAGAUGCGGGUCGGCUCCGUGGCAUAUUUUUACCGUGUAUUU